UAACGUUCGUUUUUGUCGGAUCAAUCCAUAUGGCGCGUUACUAGUAGAUGCAACCGCACGACACUAGCAACGCUUGCGAUCGAGUUGCAUCACCACCAGACGCUAGCCACGAUGAAGUUCAGCCUCCAGCGCAAGCCUGGACUAUCCAAGCCCAAGGAGCUGAAGCCCAAGCGUCCUCUCCAGUCGGACUCCGAUUCUGACAGCGAUGAUCAGGAGUCUAAGUUCAAGCAAAUGAUGCACAAGAAAGCACAGAAAGUGGUGCUCCAGGCGUCGAAGGAAGCAGAAGCACUGCAGGAGGACUACGAGCUGGUGUUGGCGAAGCCUGCACCUGCAAGGGCUUCCUCUGGCCCAAAAUACAUGGAUAAAUUGUUGGAGUCUAACAAGAGACGGAAGGAGGAGCAACAGGGCUACAGGACGGCGGCGGCCGAGAAACAGGCCCAGAGAGUGAGGCAGAACAACGGCUUGGUGUUUGAAAGCGAGGCUUAUUCUAAGCUCAAGGCUCAGUCCAGUGUGGACGAACAGGAGGAUGCGGUUGGACCUGGAAGUAUCCGUUCUAAUAUGCUAGGCUUCCACUGCGGAAUGGCAAACACUAAGUACCUGAAAUAUGGGCAAACGGGUGCUUCCGCUGCCGGGAAGCCUCCAAGGUCGGAGUCGAAACGGAAUGCCCCAUUAAAACCCCCUUCUACGGCCAAUAACGUUGCCUCUCAUUCAAAAGAACUACCUGCACAUUUGAGCGACCUUGUGAGGUCCAGAGUUACCGAGAGGGACUUGGAGCUAUGCAAACAGCGAUACUGGAAACGAAUGGAGGAUACUCCAUCUUUGGCACCAACAACAGGGAGAAAGCCGUAUUGUGCUACGUGGAAGAUUAUUCACUGAGAUACUACAAACAAUAUUGAAACCCCUUACCGCAAUACGUGAUAUUAACUGAAAGCAAGGGCUACAUUCCUGAUUUUGAAAUCCCUUAGUACAAUAUAUGGAACAUCCCGAGACACUGCGUCUCUAAUUGAGAAAUCCUACGUCAAUAUGUGGACAUUAUUCACUGCAUAGGACCGCCUUCUAAUUCUGAAUCCCUACUGCAAUGAGGAUCAUUCCCUGAAAAAAUAGGUCCGGAAAGAAUCCCUUGGAAUCCCUACUACA